GCGAAGGGUUCAAAGACCUUAACCCAACCUGUCCUGCUCUGUCUGGGUAAUAAACGACCAACUUGCCACUGUUUUCUCUCCAUGUAACCGUGCUUUCUAAGAACUUUGUUGUAGUCAAACCUGUUUUUCCACUCUGUCCCUAUCCAAGAGGAUCAUAUUACCGGAAGUUACCUAUAUUGUUGUCACCUGGGCGGACUCCUCAGUAGUAUAGUUAAAAACGGACGUAGUCGUGUUGCUGGAAAACGAGCAAACUGGUCGAAAUGCUUGUCAGCGGUUUGGUUUCGGUGUCUUUGUUCUUUUUCGCCGCGACAGGUGUAAGUGGCUUUUCAGUCACCAGCAGCAACACCGAUGUGCAGGUGAAAGAGAAUGGAGGGAUUGACCUUAAGUGCACGUAUUCAGCCGACUUCGGUUCAAGCCCUAGAGUUGAGUGGAAAUUUAAAGACCUAAAAGGCUCACAGUCGUAUGUGGUCUUUGAUGGGAAACCAACAGCGCCGUAUGCCAGCCGAGUGACAUUGUACGGUAGUAAUCUGAGAUUCUCCAAAGUGACCCGCGCUGAUAAUGGAGUGUAUUACUGUGAGGUGUCUGGCAGCACCACCCCGUUUGGGGAAGUUGAAGUGAAGCUGACUGUGCUGGUGCCUCCAUCUCCGCCCCUGUGUAGGGUCCCCACCUCGGUGACGACGGGCGGGGUGUCCCUGUUGUCCUGCCAUGACGUUGAUGGCUCACCUCCGCCCCAGUACAACUGGUACAAAGAUGGCGUCCUUCUGCCUGCUGAACCUAGCAAGAUUUCUGGCUUCCAAAAUGCCACCUACCUGCUAAAUGCAGCCAAUGGCAACCUGGAGUUUCCGGCUGUAACCAAGGUGGACUCAGGUCAGUACUUCUGUGAGGCUUUCAACAGUGCUGGUCCUCCUCAGCGCUGUGCAGCCAUUAGCAUGGAAGUCCGUGACUUAAACAUUGGAGGAAUUGUUGCUGGGGUAAUAGUGGCUCUGCUGCUAGUGAUCGUGCUGGCACUUGGCAUUUGGUUUGCCGACAAGAAAGGAUACCUGCCCAAGAAGAAGGAAAGCAAACCAAAGCCCAGCGUGGUCUACCAGCAAACAUCAUUGCAUGGUGGUGGUGAUGAUGAAGAUGGGGAAUUCAAACCGAAGUCAUCAUUCGUGGUUUAGUCUUCAAUGACGACAGGAGAAAACUUUGAUGUCUCUCAGCAUGGGAUUUUCCUGAGGUUUUUAGUGACGUCUUUUUUUUUCUCAAAUUGCAGUUUUUAUAGACCAGUGUGAUUGUUGGAGUUGACAAUACCUGUCUCAGAUACAUCAAUGUUAUAGGAUUAAUUUACUACAGGUUAUGAGACCUCUUUCACACGUUAGGUUAUUUUAAUAGAAUUAGGUGUGACUGCUAGUGACCCAUUUUAGCCUCAGACAUUUUUGCCAUCUGUGUUUGGAGUGUGUUUCUGUGUGCUUCUGAUUUUCUGCACCUCCUACUAACAGAACUAUUGUUCAAAUGAUGCAUCUGCAUGUAAAGGCAUCAAAUCACUGGGAGUACAGAUACUCCCAGUACUGGUAAUAGGAAAAAUCUAGGUAAAUAAGGAAAAUGGAUGCAUUAGUACGAUAGUUUUACAGCCACGUUUUUAUUACAUGUACUGACCCAUCAACUUAAUUCCCUCUAGUACAUCUCUCUUAUCAGUCUGUGUAUCUAAGCUGAAACAUUGUAGGAGCAUACAUGGAUCAUAGAUUUGAGUGUCUCUGAGAAGUCUUUUUCUUUUAACAAAACGGUUGUAAUGUACAAUAUUAUUUUUCUAUUUAAGUUUAAGUUUGUUUUUCUUGUAAAUAACAAAACAGUUUUCACAUUUGUAAUUUAGGACAAUUUAAAAAGCAGUUAUCUAAUCUUCCUGCCAUUAAAAUGAGACUACCUGUAUGAUAUUAACAUUUUAUGUGCACAUUCUCUUUAACACAUGAUUUCUAGUCUAACUAGUACCUUUUUGUCUGGUUGUGUUGUCUGUGACAUAAAUUUGUAAACCUUAAUUACAUUGGCUAAGGGAAUUGGUAUUUAACAGGGUGUAGACUGACAGUUCAGUAAACUUCCUGUUGAAUCAAAUGGAUGUCAGCUGUGAUGCUGCACUUUAUCAUGAAUCAGAAAUGGGAGUGUGAGGGUAAUGAUGUGUUACACAAUUUUUUUAAAUGAUUACCUGCUUGUUUAUAAGGCAUUGUGUGUAGCCUUAUCAUAAUGAUUAAUUACCCAAACUGUUAUGACAUGAUGGUCCUAAUAUUAGUUCUGUCUACUUUCAGUAAAAGUGCAUUAUUUAGUUUGAUUUGUUAACCACAAAUCCUCAGGUCCAUGUGUUAAAGUGGUUGAUAAGGUCAGACAUCAAUAUAUCAUGAGUUUAUAUAACCUAUCGGGUACAAUAUUUACACUAGGCUUUCUACAUUUCUUGACUUUUCCUUUGUAAAAAAUUUGAAACUGAUGAAUCAGAUGAUGAUUGUAACUUUGCUUUAUGUAUUGGCUAAUAAAAUGCUGUUGAUAAAU